UGGGGGAUAUAAGGGCUUGUGGAAUCACAUGGUUUUGGCACUUUGCACAUCACGCAAAAAUAAUUUCGGUGCACAGCAGGGAUGAGCCGGGUUCCCCGAAAUCCGACUCGAGGAAUUUUCGAAAACCCGUCCCAUCACUGGUGCACAUUCUUACUCGGGAUCGGGGCAAUUUUUCCAGUCACAAUUUUAUUAUGUUCUAUUCAAAAUCCCUUUAAAAAAUUUUUUUUUCAGGUCCCUUCCAAUUAAAAAAAUUUUUUUCUUCAAUUUUUAAUGGAAGAGGACAAUGCUAACGACAUAAUAAAAUGGUUAUUUAAAGACAAAACACAAGUUGACUGUAAAGGAAUUGUUGAAAUGAGUGGGGAUGGAGCGAGGAAGACGAAAUGGGAGGCAAGACUGAAAGGAAACUUGUUGGCUUUGGAAGCUGUUGAUUUUACGGCAGAGCCAAUUCUGUUUGUCUGCGAAAAACUUGAAUUUUGGCCUUCAAAUAAAUCACAAAAUGGAUUGAGUUUAAGACAAAACAGCAAAGAAUUUUUGAUGGAAUUUGUUGGGGGAGAUUGUGUGGAUAAAUGGGCGAUGCAGUUGGGCGUUUGCUCUCACAGAGUUACCCAGGCUGAAUAUGAACAAGCUCUUUUUUCUCAUUAUUCACACGAUGCUUCCAAAACUGGAUGUUCUCCUCCCUCCCCGUUCAGUUCUUUUCUUCUUUCUCAAUUAGCAAAGGAACAAACUUUCAAUCUUUUCCAGUCAGCAAACAUUCCAAACAAAAAAGUUGUAUUAAAAGAAGCAAUGUACGAAACAAGACUUUCAUUUUUAAUUCCUCAAGAAAUGAUUAAAUUAUCGUUAAAAUGGACAAGUGAAAUGCGUGAUGAAUUGUUGGACAAACUUUGGGGAAUUAAAAAUUCAACAAUGUUGGAUACUUUACAUAUGUUUGUUAGACAUUUGAAUUCUAAUAUUGAGAUCCACACACAGGCCUCAGAAUUUUUAGAAAAUUAUUUGGGACCUUCUUUCAGACCUUCAGUAGAAAAAUAUCGUCUCUCAUUUCUUCACGUUCCAACAAAUUUACAUGUACAAAUGUUUUAUAUAGACAGUAAAAAUGUUGGAAAUUUUGUAACUUCAGGAGCAUUAACAGCAAUGCCUUUACGUUAUUCUAAUGGAGGAAUGUUUAAUUUAAGAAACAAAUUUCUAUCCAACUUAACACCCCAAGCAAUUGACCAAACAGACGAAGGACGUUUUUAUAGACGAAAACAAACAUUAAUUAAAUUAAAAAGAAUGAUUGGAGAAUUGAGUAGAAGAAUUGAUAUUGAAUGGAAAAUAAAUGAAAAGGGGGUUAAUAGUGCUGAUAAAAUUGUUGUUGGAAUUUUUGCUGAGUCUAAACAGAUUCACGAAAUGCUUCUCGAUUUAAUCAAUUCCUUCCCAAAUAUUUCCAAUCUUGUUGAUGCUUUAAGUGAAGGUGGAUUAGCCCAAUUACAACGAAAAAAUGCAGAUUCAGUUCCUCGAGAUACUCUGUCAAGUCAAUUAGAUUUAUUAGAAGCACAUUUUGUUUCAUUAAAUUCAAAAAUGGCUGCAGCAGAAAAAGUGGAUAUUAAAAAUGAAGAGAAAAAGAAAUCUUGUGAAGAAAAUAUUAAAUUAUCAUUUCAUUCUACUUUGGAUAGUUUACACCAUUUGGCAUUAAGUAUUGAAUCAGCACAAAUGUUAUCAUUAAUUCAAUGCCUUAGAAACAAAACUGAUUGUCAAACUUUUUUUCAUUUUCAAUUGAGACAUGAUGCUCUUCUUUCGCAAGUAAUUAGAAACUUGAAACAUUUUUGA